GUGUGUACAAAGCAUCUUGAGUGGGAUAUGUAUUGUACAAUGCUUACAUCUAGCAUUGAUGUAGUAGGGUUACUGGGAAACCGUCGAGCAAGCGGCCCUGAGUCUAGAAGCUUAGAGACACUCAAAAAUAUUUGGUAGGUACGAGGUACAACGAAAGGGCCAGAACCAUGGGUAGCUCUAUCUCGCACAUGCUUCUCGUUCCUAUUUUCUUAUCAACCAGUAUCCUAUACAGUUGGAUUCGAGAAUAUACAUAGUUGUGACGUUGGCCAGACUCUAGAAACGAAGCUACCGUACAUCGGCUUGUCCUCAAAAUAUCCCUUCUUAGCUGCUUCAUCGUUCUGUUCUUUCUAUGGCACUCCGGUCUUUCUCGCUGUCGUUGUAUCUUGUCUGAUUGCAUUUCAAGUCAUUCUCUUGCUAGCACCAGACACCAGACGUGCACUGUCACAUAAUUUAGAUAUCCGGUAUGAUGGAUCAACACCAAGCAGGUAGUUCUUCCGCCCAACCGACAGCUCUACAUCCGCCCGCUCAACCACGCACCUCCAGCACGGGCAGAAGUGAUGAGAGGGUAGACUCUCAAUCUCCUACACGGAGAGUAGGUUCCACAGACCCCUUCACAUCCCCCCAAAAUUCACGGCCAUCCUCUAGCUAUGGCAGCUCCGAUAGUCGUGUACGAAUCACCGGGUCGCAAUACUUCCGCUCGAGAAGGGUGAAGAAAGGGGAGCUAGAGAAACCUUGGCUAGACAAAAAAGACCCCAAGGAGAAGUGGGUGACCAUCAUCCCGAUCCUAGGCAUAAUUGUUGGGUUGGGAAUCUCUGGCUUUUUGGUUUGGGAUGGGUUGCGAAGUGUCGUGAAGCAUAAGUACUGCUUGGUACUUGCGGACGACUUCACGAGCUUUGAUGAUGCCGUCUGGACCAAGGAAGUCCAGGUCGGUGGCUUUGGCAAUGGCGAGUUCGAGCAAACUACGGGGGAUGACGAGAAUGUCUAUGUCCAUAAUGGACACCUCUUUAUCAAGCCUACGAUUCAAGAUUCACGGCUAGUUAAUAACGACGCCUUGAUCGACCUCCUGAAGGAUGGGACCUGCACCUCGACUAACCCGUCCGACUGCAUAGCUGCCACCAAUACUACUGUUGGGAAUUCCACCAUCGUGCCCCCUACCAAAUCUGGCCGAAUUCACACCAAGAAAGGAGCAACUAUCAAGUACGGUCGCGUGGAAGUGACGGCCAAACUUCCACAGGGAGAUUGGCUCUGGCCAGCCAUUUGGAUGAUGCCCGUGCAGGAUACAUACGGAGCUUGGCCAGCCAGCGGCGAAAUUGACAUCAUGGAAAGCCGAGGUAACAAUUGGACGUACGGCCAAGGCGGUAACAACAUCAUCUCAUCAGCUCUGCACUGGGGCCCCGAUCUGAUCAACGACGCCUGGUGGAGGACCAACGUGAAGCGCGAAUCUUUACAUACAACGUAUUCCGCCGGCUUCAACACCUUUGGCCUUGAAUGGUCCCAGAAAUAUCUCUUUACCUACGUUAACUCUCGGCUACUCCAAGUCCUCUACACCAACUUCGACGAGAGUCUUUGGCACCGUGGAAACUUCCCCGAAGCCACCAGCAACGGCACCCGCUUCGUAGACACGUGGUCGCAGACGGGUCGCUUGAAUACCCCCUUCGAUCAGGAAUUCUACCUCAUCUUGAAUGUUGCCGUUGGCGGUACCAACGGCUGGUUCGAAGACUCACAGAGUGGGAAACCUUGGAUCGAUAACAGCCCCAACGCUAAAAAAGACUUUUGGAACUCGCGAGACUCAUGGCUGCCAACGUGGACCAGCCCGGCUUUGGAGGUUAGUAAGGUUAAUAUGUGGCAGCAGUGCGAUGGUGACGAGGAGUUGUGAGGAGGGGAAGAGAUGAAAAAAAGGAGGCUUUCCUACAUAAUCAAGCGAGUAAGCAAAUAAAGAUAGGUGGCGAUUGAAAUGAUAUUUGGGUAUAGCGGUAUUUCUCUAUGAGCUUAGAUACCUACAUAGAAACUUCUUCGGGGUAGGUGGGCUUCGAGGUCAUUGAGGGGUGAUGAUAAUAUUAUUAUGUACAGCGUUAGGGGGUUUACAGGGGUAUUUCUCUACAAAAAAAAAAUACAUCAGGUAGCCAGGUUGGCUAUGAGUUGUGGUGUUUUAAUAGUACUUAAUGACGAUCUCUUGAGUUAAAAAAGGUACAUAGGUGUCGAUUACCAGAAUACUG